CGGCUCCGUCAGUCUCUCGGAGGCGGCAACCGCUGCUCGUCGCGCUUCCCGGUUGGCGGGGCGUUCUCGGGGACCAUGGGGGACCCCAGCAAGCAGGACAUCCUGACCAUCUUCAGGCGCCUCCGCUCGGUGCCCACCAACAAGGUGUGCUUUGACUGCGGCGCCAAGAACCCCAGCUGGGCCAGCAUCACCUACGGGGUGUUCCUGUGCAUCGACUGCUCGGGCUCGCACCGCUCGCUGGGCGUCCACCUGAGCUUCAUCCGGUCUACAGAGUUGGAUUCCAACUGGUCUUGGUUUCAGCUGCGCUGCAUGCAGGUUGGAGGGAACGCUAAUGCCUCUUCCUUCUUCCAUCAACACGGCUGUGCCACCAGUGACACCAACGCCAAGUACAACAGCCGCGCCGCUCAGCUCUACAGGGAGAGGGUCAAGUCGCUGGCCUUGCAAGCCACGCGGAAGCACGGCACCGACCUGUGGCUUGACAGCUGUGUGGUCCCGCCUUCGUCCCCGCCCCCAAAGGAGGAAGACUUUUUUGCUGCUCACGCCUCUCCUGAGGUGAGCAGCCCAGCCUGGGCAUCGGCACAGCCAGAGCCACCUCCCUCAACACCGAAGGCCUUGGAGACCACGCCCGGGAACAGCACAGGCGGGCCGGAACCUGGACCGAGCGUGGAAGGCCUCAACGCCCCGGCAAAGGCCGCCCCAGAGGUGCCCUCUCUCAUCAAAAAGAAACCAAAUCAAGCUAAAAGAGGACUCGGGGCCAAAAAGGGAAGCUUGGGAGCCCAGAAGCUGGCGAACUCGUGCUUUGAGGACAUUGAAAAGCAAGCUCAGGCCGUGGACAGGAGGAGGGAGCAGGAAGGCGGGGCCAGGGCGGCACCCAAGGAGGAGUCCAUCGUCUCAUCACUGCGCUUGGCCUACAAGGACCUUGAGAUUCAAAUGAAGAAAGAGGAGAAGAUGAACUUGAGUGGGAAAAAGAGAGCCGAAUCGGAGAGACUGGGCAUGGGCUUUGGAACCUGCAGAAGUGGCGUUUCACAUUCAGUGACCACGGACAUGCAGACCAUAGAGCAGGAGUCGCCAGUCCUGGCAAAGCCACGGAGAAAGUACACCGAUGACAGCGACGACUCCUACUUCACCUCCGGCUCAAGGUACUUGGACGACCCGCUGGAGCUGAGGGGCGGCUCUUUCUCCAGCUGGGACGACAGCUCCGAUUCCUCCUGGAAAAAGGAGAGCAUCAAAGACGUGGACACGGCGCUCAAGGCCAGCGGCUGCACGGACAGCCCCGCCGCUCGCCGCAAGCCGGACUGCGAGCCCCUGGACCACACGGACGAGGCCCAGAAGAAGUUCGGCAACGUCAAGGCCAUUUCGUCAGACAUGUACUUCGGGAGACAAGCCCAGGCUGAUUACGAGACCAGGGCUCGGCUGGAGAGGCUCUCGGCCAGCUCGGCCAUCAGCUCGGCAGACCUGUUCGAGGAGCAGAGGAAACCGCCGGCAGGCAGCUACAACCUGUCCAGCGUGCUGCCCAGCACCCCCGACAUGGCGCAGUUCAAGCAGGGCGUGAGGUCCGUGGCUGGGAGGCUGUCCGUCUUCGCCAACGGGGUCGUGACCUCCAUUCAGGACCGCUACGGCUCCUAGUGCCGGCCGGACGAGGCCCCCCGAGGACGCAGCGCCGCGAGGACGCCCCGGUGGCUCCGCGGCCCGUGCUGCUGCCGUCCCGCCUGGCAGACGCUGGGCGCUGAUUCUUCCUAUUUCUUUGGAGAAAUUUGUUGUUGAUGUAGUGGAAGCUUUGUUCUAA